UGUCCGGGUGUCAGACUCUGUAGAGAAGAUGUAGCUGGAAGAAGUCCUGACGUCUGGACCGGAUGAGGAAGAAAAGGAAAGACGUCACUCAGAAAUCAGUGAGUGUUACCGGCAGAAAAAUGUCCCAAGUGGCUCCAGCCCUUCCUUCCAGGCACUUCCUUCCUUAUUCACUGCUGUAGCAUAUAAAGCUUGGUACAAACGUGUGAGUGACACGAAUCUUACAAGCUGGGCUGCCCACUACCACUCUGCUGCCAGCGUCCUGUGCCCACACCACCCUGAUGCAUCUGUACCACCUCGCCUGCAGUGCCCUCAUGCUGGUGCAGCUGGCCCUCCAGGAGGAACUCGUAUCGGAGUUUGUUUGCUCAGACAAUAUCUGUUAUUCUGUUUCCUGGAUGAGCAGGCGCUUUGCUAAGUCGAGAGCAACCUGCAAAGACAAAAAUGGGGACCUAAUGACUGUGAAGAACUCAGUGCAGAGAGAUGUCAUCAAUGAGUUCAUGACCAAGGUGAAGAAAGAAGACACCAGGGUGUGGAUAGGGCUGGAGCAUACAGAUGACUGUACAGACCUGCUGCAGCCCCUGAGGGGCUUUAGGUGGGUGACAGGUGACAAUCACACUGACUAUACCAACUGGAGGAAUGGUGAGCAGAAGUGUGAUGCCUCCCCCCUCUGUGUGACUGUGCAUAAAGAUGGCACCUGGGAAGAGACCAGUUGUGACUACAAGGCUGAUGGCUACCUGUGUGAGAUAAGUCAUUCUUUAUCCUGUUUUCCUCUUGCCUUACCUUAUUCCUACACUAUCACCUAUUACCACUUUGCCCUUGGAAUGGGCAACAUUAAUAGUCCUGGGUUCCCACCUGGCACCAAUGUACAGAUCUCCACAGACCCAGACAUUACCAACCUAUCUUGUGUAGAUAAAAGUGAUGGGACUGUGGCUUGGAGCAGGGAGACCCCCGGUGCCUGGAGCUGUCUGAUUGAGAAUGGGGGCUGUGAGCAGGACUGUGUAGAAGUAUCAGGGACUGCAGAGUGUAAGUGUCCUCCAGAGUCAGAGCUUAAAGCUGACCUCAGGGGCUGCACCAAACCCUGUGACCCCAGUCCCUGCAGCCAACAAUGUGUCCCAGAUCCGAGUCCACUAGGGUUCUUCUGUAUGUGUUCUGAAGGCUAUACACUAGCAGCUGAUGGCAAAACAUGUGAAGAUAUUGAUGACUGUGCAGCCAACCCCAAUAUCUGUGAGCACCACUGCACUAACACAAUUGGAGGCUUUGUCUGUGAAUGUAAACUAGGAUUUGAAAUGGUAAAUAAGUGUGACCCUGAAUAUAACUGUGUGACAGAAUGUCAGGAUAUCGACGAGUGUCAACUUACUUUAUGUGAACAUAAAUGUGAAAAUUAUCCAGGAGGGCACAGAUGUGUCUGUGAUGAAGGAUUUGUCAUUGAUCAGAAUAACGUGACGAAAUGCAAACAAAUCUGCAACAAAUCUGUCUGCCAGGCUGAAUGUUCUGUCUGCACGGCUAACUGUUCACAGGCACACAAGUAUUGCAGGUGCCCCCAAGGCUACAUAUUACACCAAAAUGAUGAUGGUAAAGAUGUCUGUAUCGACAUAGAUGAGUGUGCUGAUUCUCCUUGUGAUGGGUUAUCAUGUAUCAAUACGCAUGGCUCUUACACCUGUACCUACCUGGAGGGCCACACGACACAAGCAACAGAAGCACCUCCAGAUAUACCUAUGGAAACACCACCGACCAGCAGACCAGCAGAUCUCUACAGUCAACAGACUACUAUAAUGUGGGGUAUCUGCUUUGGAAUACUAUCUAUGUUCGUUGUCCUGAUAGCAAUGUUGUGUCACAGGAUAAAAAGGCACUACAUAUACCAACAUGAUCUGGAUUAUAACUAUAAAAACACUGAAAAGGAUGUAGUACUUAAGAAAAUAAUGAUGGAACCCCAGUGGCAGCUUUAGGUUUUAUAAUCCAAGGCCUAUCCAAGGUACAGUAAACAGCAAAGACUGUAGUACAGAGGCCGCAUACUGAAUGUGACUAUGAUCCCCCAGUGGACACUGUGUUAGUCAUGGACGUAAUGGAGACAAACUCAUACACACUACCAGUAGGAGGUACUGAGGAUGGAGGACUAAAAUUACAUUAUUUUUGGUAGUAGUUAUUAUAUGGCAAUUGUCGUAAAAUAUUUUAUUGUAUAUAGGAGGUGAAUGAUUGGAUAAAGCUCUGUUCAAAGUGCAGGUUGUACCCUAAACCUAUACACAUCCAUGUAUUAUUUUAGCAAUAGUCUAUGUAUGUUAAUGCUUUUUCACUUGUGAAGGUUUUCUAUUUUAUAUUGCCAUGGCAGUCCCCCUUACCAAGUGAUUGCUAGAUCCAUUUGCAUGUUAACUGGGACUUUUGCAAUAUUUCCUCAGCAUCUGAUCACAAACAGCCGCUAUUAGAGGUGAUACUGCAAAACUGACAGGCAAUACAAUGGGGGAUCUAGCUGACAUUUUAAUGGGCACUGCAGAAACACCUCUGUAAGAAAAACAAAUGGACUAUUUAUUGUUCUAACUUCUUAGACACUAAUAUAUGGGCACUUUUAAAGUUAGUAGAAAUGUGUUAAAAUCAAGUCCGAGUUUACCUUGCAUUUUGUGUUUACAUUUAGGGUUGGGUCACACAUGUAUUUGACACUGUGGAUGCUCCCUGCUAGCUCUGUCAGCUUGUGACUGCCGGUGGGAAAUCCACUGCUACGAGCAGACACACAGAGCUACAGCGAGCAGGGAGCUCGCUCUGCCGUCUCUCUGUGACUGCUGGCACCGCCACGCCACAGCAGUGUCAAAUAUGCUGUGUGUGACAAAUACGCGUCAAAUUCGCUGUGUGUGACCCUACCUUUGUCGUACAUGUUUUUAUACAAUUGAAAAGGAUAAAAGCGUCUUUGUUAAAUGGAUGGUGAAUACAGAUUCUGCUGUUUGCCAUAUGGUAGGAUCUGUUUUCCAUAGUAGGUCUACCACUAUGCUAUAGUAUACAGCAUAUACGUUUUUAUCCCUUUCAAAAGAAUUAAAAUGUGCACAUUUAAUGGAGAUUUAUUAACACUUGUGCAGAGGAAAAGUUGACUAGUUGUCUAUAGCAACCAAUCAGAUCGCUUCUUUUAUUUGCCAGAAACCUUUUUAGAAAAGGAAAACGCAAUCAUAUGGUUAUUAUGGGUUAGUGGUAACUUUUCCUCUAAACAUUUUUUUAUGAAUCUGCCCCACAUUAAACUGAAACACAAGGGAAAGUAAAGGAAAAGGAAAGUUAUGGAAAGUCUAGCAAUGGAUCCGCCCCCUAUCACCAUGAUAAACUUGGUUUGAGCAUUUGUUUAAAGGGGUACUCCGUUCCUAGACAUCUUAUCCCCUAGCCAAAGGGGAUAAGAUGGGGAUAAGAUGUCCGAUCGGGGGUCUCGCCACUGGGACCCCCGCAGUCUCCCUGCAGCACCCGGCGUUCAUUUAAAACUCUGGCUGCGGAACCGGAGGCUUGUGACUUCACGCCAUGACAUCAGCGCCGAAGUUCACUCCGUGCACCGGAUGACUGCGGUGCUGCAGCAGAGAUCAAGGGGGUUCCCAGCGGCAGGACCCCCGCGAUCAGACAUCUAAUCCCCUAUACUUUGCAUAGGGGAUAACAUGUCUAGGGGUGGAGUACCCCUUUAAAUCUUAUUGGGCCUCACUUAUCAAAACUGUUUAAUAGGGUGCAAGUCAUGUCAACAUUCGGGUACAAUUACAAUAGUAAAUCUGGGCCAUUGUGUUUGAUGCAUGUAUAUAAUUAUUCAACUGCUUUUAUCAGGCUUAGUAGAAUUAUUUUAUACUCCUAUAUAACUGUUUAGGGUGCAUUCACACCAUGUUCUUGUUGUUUGUUUAAAACUGAUGCCAUACAGUAUAAUCUGUUUCCCAUUGACUUACAUUGUAUUAAAAAAACAAAAAAACGUAAUGUAUCAGUACCCAAUAGCGCAGUUGGCAACUUCAUCAAGCUCAAAUAAACGGACUGUAAUGGAAACAGUGAAAUCGAGGCACAAACUCAGUGUGAACCCAGCCUUAUUGAACAUUAUAUAACACAGGACACAUGGUUUGCUGCUAGAAGAACAGAUUAGCUGAUCUGGGCAAAAGGUGAUGACUUCACAGGCUGCUGACUGUAUAGACUAUAUAAUGUAGUUAUUUGUAUAGUGAGAUGUCAUUUAUCAUUUAUCAGAAUUACAUUAUUUUACAUUUAGUUUUAGAAUAAAUCA